AUGUUGUGGGAGAAGGCGCCCAAUUCGAAAAGUCACUUCAUGGGCGAGGGUGACAGGAGUGACCACGUGAAGAAUCACCCGGAAGGUACAAGCGACAGGUUAACGAAGGGCGGCUGGUCAAACGGCCCCAUCGACCAAGCAAGCCAAGCAAAGCAGAGGCGAAGCAGAGGCAAAACCGAAGCGAAGAAGAGACGAACCCAAGACGAAACCAUGUUUGCGUACUUCCUUAAAGGAGUGAGCAGAUGCCAGGACAGAGCCGACGUGGUGCACCUCAGCAAGAAGCUACUGCAGAACAUGCACCUGCUAGAUACAAAGGAAAUCUCUCUCUGCUUGAAUAAGCUCUCAAAGGCUCCUUUUGAGGACAAGGCCUUUUGGGAGAACGUUUGCCGGGUGAUCACCACUACGGAUGUCGGGGUGCUCCGCAAGUUCAAGUGCCUGCGGGGGGUGCAGCAGGGAGGGGACGCGGCAACCGCUGCUGUUAGGGAAGAAACGGUUGGCAACGCUUCCGAUGGCGAAGCGCACAGGGGUGACCCCCACUGUGCAAACACCCCCAGGAAAGACAAGCUACUAUACCACUUCACCAUGGAGGAGCUGUGCCUGGUCCUCAACGCACUGGCAAAGGUCAACGUGCGGAACGACGAGAUUUUGAAGCUCGCUUCGCAAAAGAUAAUGAGGGAGUUUCAAAUGAACAGACACUUGGUGAACACGAUCAAAGCGAUUGGCAGCUUCGGCGUGGCCACCCCUGCUAGUUCCCACGGAGGAGGUAGCCAUGAAGGUGGUUGGGACCCCAUGGGGCAGGCGCUCCACAACGUUUGCCACAAUUACGACCGAGUGAGUAGGAACCUCACGGAGAGGGACAUCAGCGUGCUCAUUCGGGUACUGCUCACGCGGGGGGGCCAUGUAAGCGGCGGACACGUACGUGGCAGCCACGUGGGAGGCAACCAAUUUGGAAGCAGCCAAGCGGGUGGCAACCGCUCGGGGGAGGAGGCCAGCCGGACGGCCGGCGCGCUGAUCGAACGACUAAUAAGCAGCGUAAAAAAAAUUAACCACAUCAGCGAGCAGAGCAUCGCGCUCAUCCUAAACGCAUGCACCAAGUCGAGCGUAAAGAACAAGUCGCUCCUAGACAUCCUCAAAAUAAUUAUAAUUUUAAAACUUAAGAAGGACAAGAACAAAUGCUCCGACAUCUUCGUGAGCAGCGUAACGCACUCGUAUUCUUCGUUCGCCUACCGAGACAGGGUGCUCUACAACGCCAUCGCAGAGUAUGUGUGUGCCAACCUCGAUGGGGUGAAUGUGAAGGCACUGGUCAUCAUCCUAAAUAGCUAUGUCAACGUGGGGAUUAUUAAUGUGAGGCUGUUCAACGCUGCCUUGGGAAAGCUGGCCAGGAGGGAAGUUGUGAAUGGCUUGUCCAACCAGUGCACGUCGAACGUCGUCACCGUAGUUACAAAGGCGUAUAGGUACCUCUGCGAGGAGAAGGCGCGCUUCCUUUUGGGGCUCGUGAAGGCCCGCCUGCGCCGGGAGUUCGCGCGAACAGGGGGAAGCGGCACUGAGGAGGGGGGCAAGGGGAAGCGCGGCACGGGGGAGAGCGCCACCCCGCAUUACGCCACCCCGCGGAGCCCAACACAACCCAGGCGCAGCGCCUUCCUGGAGGGCUUCCUCACGAAGCACCUGACCAACCUGCUUAACAACCUGAGCAAGCUCAACCACGCGGACGCCAACCUCUUUGCGCUCUUUUCCCACCUCAUUUUAAAAAAAGAAAACGAAAAAGAAAAAGAAAAAGGAAACGAAAUUAACAAGCUGGACUUCCUCAACAUCACCAGUGCGUACGCGCGCUUCGGCUACGUCCACCCAGGGAUCUACCAGCUCAUCCGACGACAUGCAAAGAGGCAUUUGGAGGACCCAAAUUUGAAGUACGUUGAGUUUAUUAAUAUGUUUACCAGCCUGGCGACGUUCUCGCUGAUGGAGGGGAAUGGGAAGAUAGAGCGAUGGGAGGACCGCUGUUCGGGGGACUACCGUUCGGGGGACCGCUGGAGGGGGGCCCCGCCUGGCCAGUUUAGCCAAAUCAUCCGCGCGAUGAUGGAGCUGCUGCGGGGGGGGGCUAACAGGCAGGGAAGUCCUCCCGGGGACGAAGCCGCCAACGGGGGAAUCCACCUGAACGGUGCAGGCGCUAACUGCCCCCACCCGGAGCACCACGCGCGCAUCUACAGCCGGAGGAAUAUCAUCGACAACCUGAGCGCCAAGCACACCUGCUGCAUCCUUGCCACGAUGAGCAAGUUGGGCACACACGACUGGCAGAUAUACGAGCAGUGCCUAAGAAACAUAAAAAAAAAAAUCUUCAAAAUGGAUUCUAGGUCCCUCACCAUGUACCUGCUUUACGUGAGCAAGUUUGGCUUGACCCCCGAUCGGUACAUAAGGGCGCUCCUGUCGAGCAGCUUCAAAGUGGUGCACCUGCAGAGGGGGAAGACGAGCGUGCCUGAUGCUGGGGAAGACCAAAGAGACCUCCUCGGAAAGAUGUCCACCCUCUGCACGCAACUACAAACGGAGGACCUCGUCAACGCGGUUUACAUCGUUAGAAGCCUCAUAAAGAAUGACCCCCACUACAGGGGCAGCGCCUACGUCAUGUGUGCGUACUUGGAGGGCAUCUACUCUGGGGUGCAAGGCACAAGCGGGGGGGUAGCUGGAGGUGUUUCCCCAAGUGGGGUGCAGAGCAGCACCCCGAGAGGAACCCCCUACAAGCGCGAAGCGGACCAGAACAUCAUACACAUUGGAGAGGCGCAGGCGGAUGACCCCACCGUCGCCACUCUGCUAAGCGGACGCAAACUCAACACGCAGACGGCCUGCAUCCUCAUGAACACGCUGGCCUUUAUAAACACACACAUACGUUUGCCAAGUGGAAGAUACGCCAAGAUUGUCUCCUACCUGCUGCUCUUCUCCCUUCGGUUCCUGGUUGACCGGCUGAACCUGCGCCGGCCACUGCGCGAGCUCCUCUACGAAGGCACCCCCCAAAGGGAAAGCAUGCAACUGAGCGAUGACCAAAGUGCUAGCCAAAAAGAGAGAGACAUAAAAAGUGUUGUUCGGGGGAAAAUCGACUCGGCGAGCAUCCGGCAGAUAAACAUGACCAUCUUGAUGAUCUUCCAUUUGGGUUCGCUGAACCCGUUUUGCUACUCACCCCAGUGGGAAGUAACCAAUUUGGCUAGCUACCCACUCAGGCUACUGCAAUAUGUGCUCUUCUUCUUAAAGUUCAGCCCCCUCGCCCCGUUUGAAAGGUACACAUCUGUUUAUAACUCGGUGGGUAACAGGCGGAAGCUGACCAACUACUGCGGGGAGCAGAAGCUCACGAGCGUGCAAGUCCACGUGGAGGGGGUGAAGAAGGUGAAGGGGGAGAAGCUGAACUUCCUCUUUGAAGGUAUAAAGAAAAGCGAAACGUUGGAGGGUCUUUUCCUUCAGAUUAGCAAGUGCAACGAGCAGAUUCAUCGGCUAAACGUAUUCGCUGGAGCCCCGCUAAUCAACCUGAGGAGCUUAACAGAAACAGACGUGGAGGUGAAGUACACUCUGAGGGAGCGAACCAACAGCUAUGCCAUAGGGACAAAUGUAAAUAACCGCGGAGAGGUAACAGCCGACUUGGAAAUGAACCUACCGUAUGUCCUCAAAACGAUUAACAGUCUUCAGCUCAAGGCGAACGUAAGUAGCUUAUACACAAAUAACUUCGCCCUCCGAUUGGUAAUUCCCCAAGUGAGUAGCCUAGCCAAUUUUAAUUUAAUUUUUGAAGGAGACCUCAGCAAUGUAAGUAACACACAGCAGGGGUCCUAUACGGUGAAGAGCAACUCGCUUAGAACGUUCCUCGUGGGAAGAAGGCACACCCUCAUUUGGGAUGUAAAUUUUAAUACCCUUUUUCAACGCAUCAGCCGGGGUUAUAUUCCCUCCGAAUCGUUGCUGAAGUUACCAGGCAGGUACGUCAAACAUACUCUGCGCCAUGUGUACACGUGGGACGCUCUGUUUUACGGCUGGCCUAGGGAAGCAGCACCUCCCCCUUAUGAAGAGGCACCCAAUCAACAUACAGAUGAUGGACGUGAUAACCCUUUCCACCCCGUGGAGCACACGAACUACCCCACGGAGGGGCACUUCUACCAAAUGGAGAGCGAACUCUCCUUGCCCUUUUGCGAAGCGAAGUUUUUUAAAAACCACCUGCACUACCUCUUUGUUAAGAGGCUCCGCAAAAACGUCUUAACCUACGUCAGCUUUACCAAUGGAGUGAAACACGACUUUGAUAAGGCCGCCCCCUACCAGCUGGGGGCCUUCCACUUUAGUGGAAGCAUCGGCAGCUCCCUAACCUUCCGCGGAUUCGAACACAACAGCAUUGGGCACGCAGACCAGGGGUACAAAUUUGAUAGGAAGAAAGGAGACUACCAAAUUUGUUAUAAUUACUUGGGGGCCAACUUCAUCACGAGCUUUCAAUUUCUCCUUAAAUACAUUUGCAAGCUCCAGAGUGUUAACCCCAUUCUGUUUUUCUACGUACAGGUGGGGCGACUGGGCAAUCAUUUGUUCCCCUCCUUUGACCAGCUCAGGAGAGACAUGAGGGUGUCCACUGGGGUGGGACUCAUGGCAUAUAUACAGAAGAAUGUCUCGUUGGAGGUUUUUUUUAAUUUCCCCCUUUUGCGCCAUUGGAACGACCGGACGAGGUGCUUCCAGGUGGGGUUAAGCUUUAGGGGGAUGCUAUAG